AUGAGCAUAAAUCUUGCAAGUAAUCCAAUUUGUGAAGGAGGAGGAACAGGAAGAUAUUGUGCAACUAGAAAGACCAAUAUAGCAAGUCGUUUACCAUCAAAUAGUUGUAUUAAUCCUAUAGGACAUGGGACAUGGGAUGCAAGCUACUCCCUGUUUCAACCAUGCAUUUAUGGCCCUAAGAAAACUAAUGUUGUUGUUGGUUCUGAUGGACUUUCCUCAAUUGACAAUGAAAUUACCUGAUCGGCAUGAAGAGUCUGUGAUUAAACGUACCACACUUGUGGCCAACACUUGUAACAUGCCUGUUGCUGCUCAUGAGGCUUCAAUUUAUACAGGAAUUACCAUAGCCAAAUACUUCAGAGACAUGGGGUACAAUGUGAGUAUGAUGGUAGAUUCUACCACUCAUUGGGCAGAAGCAUUGCAUAAAAUUUCUGGUCGAUUGUAUUAAUAGGUCACCUCUUCAAAAUAAGCUCAGGCCUUGAAGUAAAUGAAAUUCUAGAGGCGAAUAACAUUAACAAGGUCACCUAUUCAAAAUAAGCUCAAUACGGAAGAUUAUUCUGAAUUCUGGCUUCAUCAUCCAAAGAGAAGCUACA